CCUUAAAGGGCAUUGGAUGACUAAUUUUCUUUCUAAAUUGGUUUAUUAUGAAACCGGUUCAAAAACCGAUGUGGGUUUACAUCUUUCUAUCUCUAUAAUACAAUUUUUCACUUCGACUCGUCAACCCGCAAAUCAGCCCAUUCGUUUGAAAGGAAUGAUUGUCCUUAUAUUCCUAGUCAAAAUAGAUUUCAAGAAAUUAAAAUCAGAAACCAUUGUAUUUAUCAUUUGA